UCCUGGGGAUCCCCCGAGGCUGCUCAUCCUAACCCCACCCCCUCCAUGGUCCGGACCCAGCCCACCCCAGCUCAGGCUGUCAGCCGGCGCAGGCUAAUACUAGCUGAUCCCUGCGUUCAGGGAAGGCGGACCUUGGGUCGGACCUGUCGCCUCCAAAGCCGGGGCCUGGGUGUUCCCCCCCCCCGCCCACGCCUCCCGCCCGCCUGCCGGUCGCUACCACUCUUAGCUUCUCAGACUGAGCUCCUCGUCCCGGAGAGGAUUAAAGCCCAGGAAGGCAGGGGUCUCCUGCUAAAGAUUUGGAUGUGCUGGUGGUCAUCAUAUUGGUGGGAGCUACAGCCUUGGACACCCCUCACGUCAGAAGUCAGUGGGCAGGUUGAUUGAGCACUGGCAGGCUCCCAGCAUCAGCAUGAACUCCAGGGUCCCAGCUACUCAGAACUGGUUCAGCAGCCACCCACCCACCACAGAGCCUGACUUGGAACCUGCCACUGAAGGGUCUACCACAGAGACUAACACCCUCAGCCCAGAAACCACAAGCUUCAAUGGCACCAGAAUCCCUGAUAUGGCAGGUGGUUCAGCUGGUGUGGGUACCAUGCUUCUGUCUUUUGGGAUCAUCACAGUGAUUGGCCUGGCUGUGGCCAUGGUUUUAUACAUCAGGAAGAAGAAGAGGCUGGAGAAGCUACGCCACCAGCUCAUGCCUAUGUACAACUUUGACCCCACGGAGGAGCAAGACGAACUGGAGCAGGAGCUCCUGGAACAUGGGCGAGAUGCAGCCUCCAUGCAGGCCGCUGCCUCCCUGCAGGCCACACAGGGCAAGGGCACUCUCUCUUCCCAAGGCCCACUGCAGAGGCCUAGCAGGCUGGUGUUUACUGAUGUAGCCAAUGCCAUCCACGCAUGAGUGGCCUGAGAACAGGCCUGGACCUCUGACAAAGACACCUGCCACAGUGCCAGCAGCACUGCCCACUUCCUGGCUGUCGAAACCUAUUCUCAGGACCUGCGCCAUCGCCACCACAAGACAGGAAAGGGCUGCGAGAGACCCCAGCUGUGCUGAGGCCCCAUCCACUGACUCUCAGGCUUGAAGAGAGAGCUCUGACCAGGCUAGCCAUCUGGCCACUGACUUCUCCGGAACCAAUGGCCCUGGCACGGAAGGCAGCCCUCAUGCAGGAAGGCUAAGAGCCGCUGAUGGCUUCCUGGUCUCCUGUACAUAAACCUCGCAUCAAGGUCUGCUUCUCUGAUGGGGAGGAAGGGCACCAGCUUGAAGGGCAAGGGAGAAGAGACAUGCUCCCCCUCUCUAGGAUUGCCUUUUUCUUUCUUUCUUUUUAUUCUGGAGUCUCCUCUAGGGUAGAGAGAGGCAAAUCCCCAGAUGAUAGGGACAGGGUAGGGCAGCACCUUUUGGGGAAGGUUGUUUGGUUGUUUGUUUUUUGAGACAGGGUCUUGGCUGGCUUGGAACUUGCUGUGUAGACAAGGCUGGUCUCCAACUCAGAGGUCUACCUGCCUCUGCUUCCUGAGUGCUGGGAUGAAAGGAGUACCCCACCACAUCCAGCUAAGGCAGCACCAUUCAUAGGCCCAGGAGACCCAGGUUCAGAGCUGGAAAUGUCCAGUAGAAAGGGCUGCAGAAACCCAGGGGCUGUCCGUAGUUAGGGUAUUGGAUAUUUUGGUAAGUGGGUGAUCACGAAGUUUCUCAGCCACGUAUCACUGGCAGCCAAGGCAGCUGAGAGAGAUGAGAUUGGGAGCCUGGGUAUGGAAAGAUGCAACUCCCGAGAUGUGGAGAAAGGUUUUACACAUGUGCAUGAGUGGGCUGUACACAGACAUGUACCUGUUCCAGAAUAAGACGGAGGCCCUCCACAUCAGCUCCACUUUGCAAGCUGACUCCCACCCCGUGGUAUGGAGUGGAGCAUCACCAUAGGCUGCUUCCUCUCCUUCAGUGCUCAGGACUGCACGGAAGAGGGAAAGAGGGCUGGGUUCCUCUGUCCACUGUGUUUCUUCAGUGGGCUCCAAAAGCUGGGCUGAGCUGCUCCUGGAAAUGGCUCCCCUUCCAAUAUGGGGUUCUGGGAAAGGCCUUUGGUCUAAGGGCAGUUACAGGUCAGACUGGUAGGAAAAGUUAAGGUUGCCUAGAGGGGAGUGUUCUAUGAGGAAAAGACCUAAGAAAGCGAGUCUGGUUUUAGUUUUGCCCUUCCGCCCUCUGUUCAGGAAGGGCCACUCAGUGUCGUGGACCGUGGAGGGGGUUUCUGCCUUUGGUCUCACUCUAGUCUUGGACGCGGGAGGCUGACACCAGGGGCAUUUGGGCAGAGUAAUCACAAAGAUGGGGGGGGCAGUUUUCUCCACUGGGACUCACACGUGAGCAUGCACAGAGGCGUGUCCCCAGCUUCGUCACCAUGGCUGUCCUCUGCUGGCUAGAGGGGAUACGGGGGUGGCACAUGCUGUUGGGCUGAUCCCACAUGUCAGGAGGUGAGAGGCUAGGAGGAUCCCUUGGGGCCAGCUCUGGUUUUAUCCCCGCCCGGAGAUGCUAUAAAUAAUUAGCGCUUGAGCAACUGGAGGGCUCUGAGUAAUUUAGGAUGCACAACGCUGUAAUUUAACUCGCAGCAUCUCCAUGUGGGAGAGCAUUAAAGAUGUAAUUAAGAUGUUUACACAAAGAGAAUGGAGUCUUUGACACUUGGGGUGCAAAACCCCAGGAGGGGACACAAUGGGUGAGGUGAGGCUCUGUGGGAGGCCUGGGGACAGUCACUUGGAUUCCAGCUAUGAGGUGGCAGGCAGCCCAGCUGUUUUUCUUGAUCUGUCCAUGGAAAUCCUUUGGCCUGGAGUCCAAGGUUGCUCUGGGGCCUCAUGCCUCAACUGAGAGAUGGGGUGACAAGGCCUGCAGUUGUGGAGAGGUCAAGAGGACAGAAUCCUGUGAGAUCAGGUCCGGAAGAGGGCUUGAUCUCCAAAGAUUGUGGAGUGCCAUAUGGUGUCUCAGGGGAUCCACAGGACUUAGGCUUGAAAUACAAAAGUAAAAUGGUUUUCUAUGGAACACAAAGUAAAGGAUAUUUAGCAUGG